UUUCAGCCUGACGCCUCCCAGGUCGUGGCACCAAGUGGGCGUUCAGGGAGGAGAAAAGACCAACCGGCACACUGCUUGCGUCCUUUCUCUCGCCGCCUCCCACAUCAGCAGCAGCUGCGGCCUACCGAGCUGUAGCUCUUCCACCAACAACCUCGACCACCAAGUACAAGAAGUAUAAAAACGUGCAAGAAAAGACCCCGGAGGCAUCCAGAGGGUCCACCGAGAGUUGGGCCAGUUUCGAAGCGGAAGAGUCUAGCUGUCCUCGCAAACUGUCAGAAGUCAAAGUCGGCGUAUACUGUACAGUGUACGGUUUGGUUUUCUGAAAAGUGUCCCAGACUUUGGCGGAACAUCUUCACAGUCUUUGCGACCAGUCCAAGCUCAGAAAACAGAAUGAUGGCUCAGACAUCGGCCUGCAGGCUUCUGCUUCUCUUCUUCAUCGUCAUCUCGGCUGUCUCCUGCAUCGUCAGCGCGCGCCGCAUCGACUGCACAAAAUUCGUCUUCGCCCCAAGGUGCAGAGGUGUGGCUGCGAAGCGUGGAGUUAUGCCCCUUGCAGACGACUCUACAUCACAAGAGGACGCUUACGUAGACCCCCUAAUGCAGCCAGAGGCUGGUCGCGACGAGGAAUCCGAAAAGCUUCUGCGACUGGCAAUGGACCUGCCCCACGCCGUGCCUGACCAGUCAUCUGCCUCUCAGAAAAGACGAGAGCUGCUGGAAAGGCUUCUGCGCUCCUACAACAUCCCCGAGUACUCGGACGCCGGCUACAGGCAGGAGUGACACGUCAGCAGCUGCUCUCUGUGGCCGUGUGCAUGAGAGUCAACUAAGCAGCGAGUUCGCCGACCUGAGUUGUGUUCCCAUCUGUCCGCCCAGCUUCCUGCACUAGGACGACAGCCUUGAAGCAGACGACGCUUUUUCAGAGUGAAGAAUAGCAUGUUCCACGGACUAAUCACAUCAAGAACAUUCCUACACCUCACCCAGAUACCAAAGACAGACUGCUGAAGAAAAUAACAACAAACCAAAUAGAUGUUCAGACGAUAAAUAGAAGACCACACGGCCACUGGUAUUUUGUCAAUCUGUUCAGUGUUUUCGUUAUCUACAACUAUGUACAUCUGUAAUUUUGGAACGAUACUGCUGUGCCACAGUACUAGCUCCCAUUAUAAUCUAAUUUAUGUGAAACUCGUGGAACCUAAGUGAAACAUUCAAUCUCUGCUGAUAUUUAAUUACGAGUAAGCGUCUUCUGGUCAAUGUUGGGGAGUGUGAAAACUGCUGAUGUCUGCAAAGAAAUGCGAGCAAGCUGUAAAAUAGCGAUUGAAAUGAAAAUAAUUUGUUUCAACAAA